AUGCUACUUAGAGAUUUCUAAUAUGAGAUCAGAUCACUAUAAAUACCAUCUGGAAUUACUUUAACUAUUUUUGAUCAUCCUAAUUUUGAAGUUUAAAAACAUGUUUUCUCUCAAAGUGAAUAAUGUCUGAAAAAUGCUGUUUUCUUUGCUUAAAUGGUUUUCUAAAAAUAAUAAAAGUUUCUUGAAACACAAAAAAAAGAGAAAAAUUCAGAAUAAGAAGAUCAAUAAGCAGCUAAACGUGCUAGCUGCAAUUUUAGGUAUAAAUCUGAACAGUUUAAGAUAUAAAUGCUAAAAAUUAAAACAGAUUCUAAAUAAUAAUUCAAAUUGGGAUCAUAUACUUCAAAAAGUGUAAAUAAUUAAUUGAUAUCUGAUUUUGAAUUAGCUAAGCUUAAUAGAAAUAGAGAAGAGACAGUCUAUUAAUUUUUUGGUUCUCCAAAUAUACCCUAAAAUUUUUACAAGUAUAAACAUAAUUUUAUGAUAGAUAUAUAUUUUGUUUGGAAGUAUUACUUUAUGAAUUUAUAUUAAAUUUUAUUCUAGCAAAUUUGAUGAAAUAGCCUCAUUUCCUUUUUAAUUAGAAAUUAAUUAAUAUCUAAAGAUUUGAUUUCAAAAUUAUUAAUUAAAGUUCCAUACCAAAAGGAAAAUAAGAAAUUCUAUAAAAAUAAAUCGUAAAGGGUUUGAUUUAUUAGCUUUGGCCAAAUGAAAACUUAAUAUCAUUAUAAUCAACAACCAUGAUAUUAUCAUUUUAAUGA